AUGCAUCUUUCGACCGUCCUGUUGAGCGUCUACUGUGGCCUUGCGGCUGCCGGUAACCCUCACCCAUGGAUGUACGGUGUACCUGAUUACCCGGAUCUGGACAUGGAGGAGGUCAUGACCCAAGCGGGAGCUGAACUCUUGUCGGAAGCAGCGAGCAGUGCCACUUCCACGGCAUCAAAUGCAACACUGUCGUCGAACACAACCGCUUCCGCUGGGAAAGAACCAUGUGCAGCAAUCGGUAAUGCCAUAGCAGCGGCACCACCUGGUGCUCGAAAAGUUGUUUCAGCAGAGCUGGGUCUGAGAUGUCUGAUGUCGGUUCCGCUCGACAAGGAAGGAAAUGUCAAGCUCGUUGAUGAUAUAAAGCUCUUCGUCAAGUGGCAAUCUAAUACUGCGUAUCUAAAAGAUCCGCCGGCAAACUACACCGAAAAGCCGGUUGAUAUCAUGGGCGAGCUGGACACGAUGCAAAAGGGACUGGCCAGCGGAACCUUCAAGACAGAGUACGACUUCCAGAUGGAGAUGAUGAACCUGUUCAACCGAGCCUACGACAACCACUUCGCAUACCAACCUGACAUUCUCGCCUCUGCUAUGCAAUUUCAGCGACCACCAGGUACAGAGUUGGUCUCGGUCUCUUCCGAUGGCAAGGCUUUGCCAGAGGUCUACACCUAUCAGGAUAUUCGAAAGGCUAACAAUGAUUCUUCUUUCAAACCUUCUCCGGUCAAGAUGAUCAACGGAAUGAGCGCCAUGACCUACUUGCAGAAUGUUUCUGCGCAGUCGGACUUUCACGAUGCCGAUACUCGCUGGAACGCGUUAUUCCCCUCGCAGGCUCUCAUUGCGUCCGGUACCGUGUUCUUGGGCUCGUUCAGAACAGGCCAGUACCAAGGACCCAACACCACCAUGGAGUUUGCGAACGGAACUACGUACAAUCAGAUGAACGUAGCAGUUGUAUUUGGUAACUUCACUGAUGUCAACAGCGGGCAGACGUUUUUCAAGCAAUUCUGCACAGGCCCCAAGCCUGACCCUGUGAUCGAGCAGCCGACAACAUUUGCAGCUGCUAGUAAGACAAACAGUACACCCACCGCUGCCCCUACACCGUCUAUGAUUGGCUACCCGAAGGCUGUGAUUCUCAAUCCAAACCUUGCCAUUGGAGGUUACUACAUCAAUGACACGGGAUAUGAUGAUGUCGCAGUUCUCAGCUUGCCGUCGUACGAGUCGCCAGAUGUUCAGAGCUUCCAAAAUGUGAUGCGCGACUUCAUACGCAUGUGCAAGACACAAGGCAAAACGAAGAUGAUCUUUGACAUGCGAGGGAACGGCGGAGGUAACGCUAUCCUCGGCUACGACACUUUUAAACAAGUCUAUCCCCAGGCAGACCAAGAGCCUUUUGGCGGUACUCGUUUCCGCGCCAACGAUGCCAUCAAAGCUGCCUAUCAGCUGACUGGCGACUUCCUGGCCAACAAGACGUUCGUGCAAAGUAACCAGACAGCGUUCGUUCAGGCUUUCGGACAAGACACUACUUCGAAUGACAUCCUUGGGAUCACAGCUAACUUCAACUUUCAACAUCAACUCGAUGUCGACAACAAGGCUAUUGAUAGCUCGGAUGCUGCAUUCGGGCCGCAGCAAGUCAAAGGCGACAGCUUCACCACGACCACCAGGUACAACUUCAGUGAUCCCAUCUCGACCUCGUACGACGGAUUCUCAGUCAUUGGCUUUGACAAGAACAAGAACGAGACCAGCACACCACAGCCGUUCAAGGCCCAAGACAUGGUCAUGCUUCACGACGGCAUGUGCUCCUCAACAUGCGCCAUUGCAUCUGAACUCCUCAAGAACCAGGGUGCAGUCCGUACCAUCGCAGUUGGCGGUAGACCUCAGGAAGGUCCCAUGCAAGGUGUAGGAGGCACCAAAGGCGCUCAGGUCUUCUCUUGGGACGACAUCCAAACGCGCAUGCAAGCUACCUACUUUCUCGGUAGUCCCGAACAACAAAAGCAGUGGGACACCAUGGAUCUCGGCAAGACUGCAUUCGCAACGCAGCUCUUUAAGCGCUCGGCCUACUCCGGCGGCCGCAUCGCUGGUGGUGUGAACCUCAAAGACAACCUGCGCCAGAACGACGCUUCAGGCACGCCGCUCGAGUUCAUGUACGAGGCAGCCGACUGCCGCAUGUGGUUUACCGCACCCAUGAUCACCGAUGUGACAGAAUUGUGGAAGGGCGUUGCGGACCGCAUGUUCAAAAACCAAACGAAUAUGUGUGUUGCGGGCAGUACAGGAGAUUCGACGAGUGUCAGUGCCGGCGGACAGAAGAGGGCUGGCGACGGGACCAUUGCCGAGGGCAAGGGUGUGAACUCGACGCAGCGAUCGGCUGCAAGCGGUAAGGCAGUGACGGUGAUGGAUCAGGUGGGAGCCAUGGUGGGCGGUGCGGCUGGCAGGGCGAUGAGCCGUUGGGGUAGUGUUGCAGUCGCUGUGAUGGUAAGCAUGCUGCUGUACUGA